UCUCACUCUCUUCACUCAAAGUGCAAGAGGAGAAAAGAAACCACCCCAGAGGAAAGGCUCACACCACCCACCUCCAUUUAGCUAGCUUCUCUCUCUCUCUCCUCUCGCGCUCUCCCCCACCCAACCAACAAAUCGAGCUAGCUGAGAAGAGGGGAGGACCAGAGGUGGAGAGCGGCGCAACGCAGCAUCGAGGGGCGGCGGCGGCGGCGAGACCAAUCUAGAAAGAGCAGAGGCCGGGCGCGCGCGGGGAUGGGCGCGCCGGCGCACGGCGCUCUUCUCCUCUCCCUCCUGCUCCUGGUGGGGGCGGCGGCGGCGGCCGAGGACGCGGCGCCGCGGGAACCCACAUUGCCCGCCGCGGGUGCCGGCGGCGGCGGCGGGGCGGCGGUGGGGAUCAACUCCAACUCGGUGCUGGUGGCGCUGCUGGACUCGCACUACACAGAGCUGGCGGAGCUGGUGGAGAAGGCGCUGCUCCUGCAGACUCUCGAGGACGCCGUCGGGAGGCACAACGUCACCAUCUUCGCGCCGCGGAACGAGGCGCUGGAGCGGGACCUCGACCCGGAGUUCAAGCGCUUCCUCCUCGAGCCCCGCAACCUCAAGUCGCUCCAGGCGCUGCUCCUCUACCACGUCCUCCCCGCGCGCCUCCCCUCCGACUCCUGGCCCGCCGCCUCCCACCCCACGCUCUCCGGCGAGGAGGUCGAGCUCGCCGCCGCGGCCGGCGGCUGCGCCGCCGGCAUGCGCGUCGGCCACGCCGCCGUCACGCGCCCGGACGCGGUGCUCCGCCCCGACGGGGUCAUCCACGGAAUCGAGCGCCUCCUCGUGCCCCGCUCCGUGCAGGAGGACUUCAACCGCCGCCGCAGCCUCGCCGCGAUCUCGGCCGUGCUGCCCACGGGCGCGCCCGAGGUCGACCCGAGGACGCACCGCCUCAAGAAGCCCGCGCCGCCGGUGCCCCCCGGCGCGCCCCCCGUGCUCCCGAUCUGGGACGCCAUGGCGCCCGGCCCGUCCAUCGCCCCCGCGCCGGCGCCUGGGCCCGGCUCCGGGAAGCACCACUUCGACGGGCACAGCCAGGUCAAGGACUUCAUCCAGACCCUGCUCCUCUACGGCGGCUACAACGAGCUCGCCGACAUCCUCGUCAACCUCACCUCGCUCGCCACCGAGAUGGGCCGCCUCGUCUCUGAGGGCUACGUGCUCACCGUCCUCGCCCCCAACGACGAGGCCAUGGCGCGCCUCACCACCGACCAGCUCAGCGAGCCUGGCUCGCCGGAGAACAUCCUCUACUACCACAUGGUUCCCGAGUACCAGACCGAGGAGUCCAUGUACAACGCCGUGCGGCGGUUCGGCAAGGCGCGCUACGACACGCUGCGGCUGCCGCACAAGGUGGUGGCGCGGGAGGCCGACGGCUCCGUCAAGUUCGGCCAGGGCGAGGGCUCCGCCUACCUCUUCGACCCGGACAUCUACACCGACGGUAGGAUCUCGGUGCAGGGCAUUGACGCCGUGCUGUUCCCGCCGGGUGACAAGAACGCCACGCAGACCGCCGACCCUCACAGGAAGCCUCCCGCCAUCACCACCCACAAGAAAAUCAAGCUCCGGCGAGGCAAGUUGUUAGAAGCAUCGUGCCAAAUGGCUGCCCUCUUCGGUCAGCGAUCGCGUUUCGUAAGCUGCCAAGAUUGAUCUCCAUUGAUACCGAAAGACGAACGAACUGAAACAACCAAGUGAUGGCCGAUGGGGGCUGUGCUGGAGGGAGCCGUCCACAAUAUUAUUUGUUUUCUUUUUUUUUGUUUAUUGAUAAGAAUAAUGAAUCAGGUGGGUAUGUAAACUCGGUGGUUGUUGGUGUGUCCAGAGAAAGAGAGGGGGGGGGGGGGGGGGGGGGGGGAAGAGAAAAGGCAAGAAAAAAAAUUGUCCAUACAUGAAGGAAGACCAGGAUCGUCGUCUGUGUAUAGAAUGAAUUAAACGUUUUGUUUUCUGUUUUCCGUCAUUCUUUGCUUGCUUCUGUUCCCGUUUUGACAAUGAGAAUCUCGGGUAAACACACAUCA